UGCCCCAAGACAAACCACGUUAAAAUAACACCCAGGAGAGCUGCCGUCUGCUGUCUCUGCCUCCCUUCCCUGCUGGCCGAUAGCUCUGCCUGGGGCUGGCUGUCCGGAGUUGGGGGCAGUUAGAGCUCUGUGUGUGUCCCUGUGGGCGGGGUCAGCGCGGGCAGGUCCCCUCUGCUGAUAAACAAGGCCAGAGAGAGACCCAGAGGCUGGCACUCUCGGCGCCACAGCCUGCCCCCCUGCUUCCCACACAGCCCUGCGGGACUCAUAGCCGGCCUGUGGCAUGGUGUCUGGAGGCGGACCAGCAACCUGAUGUGCAUGCCACGGCCCGUCCCCUCUCCCCACACAGAGCUGCAGUAACAGAGACGUUCCCAGAGCUGCGGCGGCACAGUGACAGUGACACAGAGCAGACGACACCCAGUGGAUUCCCGGUGCCCUUGGAAUAAGAGGCACAGCCCUCAGCCUACACGGUUUUCAGCCUUGAGAGCACACCCGAGGAGCAGCCGCUGAGCCAUGGCUGAAGGGGAAAUCACAACCUUCAUGGCCCUGACGGAGAAGUUCAACCUGCCUCCGGGGAAUUACAAGAAGCCCAAACUCCUCUACUGUAGCAACGGGGGCCACUUCCUGAGGAUCCUUCCUGAUGGCACAGUGGAUGGGACAAGGGACAGGAGCGACCAGCACAUUCAGCUGCAGCUCAGUGCGGAAAGCGUGGGGGAGGUGUAUAUAAAGAGUACCGAGACUGGCCAGUACUUGGCCAUGGACACCGACGGGCUUUUGUACGGCUCAACACCAAAUGAGGAAUGUUUGUUCCUGGAAAGGCUGGAAGAAAACCAUUACAACACCUACACAUCCAAGAAGCACGCAGAGAAGAAUUGGUUUGUGGGUCUCAAGAAAAACGGAAGCUGUAAACGCGGUCCCCGGACUCACUAUGGCCAGAAGGCAAUUUUGUUUCUCCCCCUGCCAGUCUCCUCUGAUUAAAGAAAUCUCUUCUGGGUGCCGACCACUCCAGAGGAGGCUGAGGGGUCCUCACCCAGCUGACCCCGGGUUGUUCCCUUGACUACUGGCUGCGCUAACCCCUGGCCCACAGAGCCUGAAUUUGUAAGCAGUGCGCUUCUAACUGCCCGGUCACUUUUUUGCAGAGCCUUUUACCCCAGCACGGUUUCAAACAGAGGGAUCAAAUAGCUCCUAGGGGCCAACUGGCUUGCUGGUCUGGGUGUGUGGAUGCCCUGUUGCCUCUGGGCACCUGCUGUAGGCUGAGACUCUCAAUGCAAAGGUGGGGCCAAAUGAAGUGUGUUCAGAGAGCUGCCACGGGGUCAACAGAAACCACAUACAAUUCCCUCUACUGAGUAAAUCCUGUCCAUGAUUCUCCCAAACACCUGGCAUGAUGCCCUUCUAUCCUUUGAACACCCCACAAAUAUUAGCAGAGAAGCUUAUGGCUAGGUUAGGGGAAGGCAGUGUUCCAUGAGUAGAAACUAGGAUGAAGAAAAUCCUCCCUGGAGAAGAGAAUGGAUUAAAAUGACAAAGGGAGAUUGGGUUCGGGUGGACAGCUUAGAAGGAUGGGCUUUCAUUGCAGAAUCAAUGACGGAUGGGAGGCUCAGCCCACAGGAAAGCAGAAUAAACGCAUAGCAUUGGGAGUCAUUACAAUGCCGUGACUUUCCCAAGAUAAUUCCGCAGCAGGAAGCUCCUGGAUGAUGUCAGACGGACAGCAGAAGUGGGUUCUUGAUAAAAGCAAAAACAUCAGAUGUUGGUAAAUUCAUUUGGGCCUGAGGUGUGGAAGUGCUGAGAAAGAAAGGAAACAUGGGUUGGGGGGACGUUUUCCUCUAAAGAGGUUGACUCUAGACAAGAGAAGGAAAGAUAGAGGGACACCAUGAUUUGUGCCUGGUCCCCAGAGAGCAGAGGCUUUGGGGGUCCUGGGCAAUGCUUACAAAUCACAUGCAGAUGGUUUUUGAGUGUGGGUUCUGGUUCAGUGGGUCUGGGGUGCAGUCUGUGCAUUUCUAACAAGCCCCCAGGGGCUACGGAUGCUGCUGCCUUCCCCCGCCCCACCCCCACUUUAAGUAGCAGAGCUCUGAAGCAUGCUGUCCAGAGGAAGGGGGCCCAAGGCCCCCGAGCCUCUCUCGCCUUGCGCUUAAAAACACACACCCCAUGAGCCUUCCUGAACACUCAGGCAGCAUCAGCAACAGUUACGCCUGUGUUAAGGAACAUGGAUUUAAGGCGCUUUCGGCCCAGUGCCUAUAAAAUACCCAUUUAGAAGAUACACAAAAGCAUACUUCAAAAAUGUUAAAUCCUCACAAACAGCUUUUCUCAAGAGACCAUUUGUGUUACGAUUACUUGUAUAAAUAUGCUUCCUGCUUAAAGUAAACUUGACCCAAGUGGCUAGCAAAUUAGAAACACCAUUCAUCUCCGACACAUGAUACUGUUGCCAUGUAAAGGUCUUUAAUAAGCCAUUUAAAUUUACUGUGAGACUGUAUGUUUUAAUCACAUUUAUAAAUAUAUGGCUCCCAGGCAGUUAACUGAUUAGCAUUCAGCCACUGAGAAUGAUAAUCAUAGGAUCUGAUGUAUAAACUCUUCAAUUAUCUACUACUCAUACCACAUGUACCUAUAAAAAGAGAUUGUACUUCAUUUGUAA